AUGGAUCAAACAGAAAAUUGGAAGCAGCAAUCUUUGAGUCAGUUUAUGAAAUCUCGGUUUCAUAGAAGACUGACUCAUUUGUUUCUUUCAGUUUCAGUCUUUUCCCUAUUCUUUUCCUAUUCAUAUUGGCCUUCUUUGCUCCACUCCUUUAACUUCAACUUCCAUGAUUCACUUCCUUUCCAGUUGUUUAGCCAUGCCAUAGACAAAAACUGCAUAUUCCUUGUUUGCAAUGGAUUGCUUGUUUUUCUUGCCAAAUACUCAGGUCUAAUCAGUUCUUCAUCUAUGUACAAUGAUGAUGAUCCAUCUUUCAAUAGCUAUGAAGAUGUUCCACGAGCUGAUCAGUCAGUUGAUUUGGAGCCAAAAGCACCAUUGUUGGACGACAAGGCUACCUUGGAGAGCACCGUUGAUGAGGCAAUAAAAAACAGCGUUGAGAUAGUAGAGGAAGAAGAAGAUAAUAAACGGGGUUUGGAGAUAACUGUGGAAGAAGAAGAAGAUGGGGUCUUGAGUACAGAAGAUCUAAACAAAAGGUUUGAUGAAUUUAUUGCAAAGAUGAAAGAAGAACUCAGGACCGAAGCUGGACAGCAAUUAGUCACGGUUUAA